AUGCCAGGCCAUCGCUUCAGGGAGGCCCAGGCCAACACGACCGGCCUGGAACAUAUCCAAUCCUCGGCAAGUGGGCCCAAACGGAGGACAUACGAUGCUCUCGAGUACACCCGAAAUCGCAUGGGCUUGAAACCAUCGAUCGAGACAAGACCCGGCACCCACAACCAAGAACUCUCGUGGUGGCCUCGCAUGCGCCUCAUUUUCCGCGAGCCAUUGCUGGAGUUCUGGGGCACGCUGGUGAUGAUGCUUCUCGGAGGAUCCUUUGGCAACUGGCUCACCAUUUGUUUUGGGUGGUCGGCCGCCAUGAUCUUCGGCAUCUACGUUGCCGGGGACUCAGGAGCCUACCUCAAUCCGGCAAUCACUUUGACUAACUGUCUCUUCCGUGGUUUGCCUUUGCGACGCUGGCCAGUCUAUGCUGCCGCUCAAUUUCUUGGCGCCUUCUGUGGCCACGGCCUCUACGAAGGCCACGGAAUCCGAACCAUCCCCCCAAGCCCGACUUCCAGUGCAAAGAUCUUUUGCCAAUUUCCUCAGCCAUUCGUCCCGUUAGGAAGUCAGAUCUUCUCUGAGUUCAUCGCCAACUUCUUCAUGGCAUUCCUGAUCCUCUCGGUUCGAGACGAGAAUGGUGCUGACUUGAAAGGCGGUGGCUUCUUCGUGAUCGCUUUCUUCUGGCUGAACUUCGUUGUCAUGGCAGCCUUCGGGUGGGAAACAGGAUCCCCAAUCAAUCCAGCUCGCGACCUUAUGGGGCGAACAUGGCUGGCCAUACUCGGUUACAAGAACGCUUGGUCUGCCUAUAACUAUUAUUUUUGGAUUCCGUUCUUCAUCCCGUUCAUCGCAUGUUUUCUCGGUGCUCUCACCUACGACAUCUUCAUCUACACUGGAGACAGCCCUAUCAACAACGGUGAAUGGAGCCCAGGAAAGGUUCACAAGCGACUCAGGAGAACUUUCAGGAGAGAUUUUCGAGGUCACCAAUCGGACGAAGAGAAUCUGAAUGCACGACAGAACCAGGGCAUAGCGGCUUCCACUCCCAUGGUUGAAAAUGAAGAGCGCCAUCCUUCACGGCCCAAUCUUCAAGGCAUUCACUCCGUAAAGUCACACCAAGAAACCGAAGCAAAUCAUGAGGACAUGGAGAACGAUCCGAAUUCAUGGGAAGAUACAGAACGCCACGGUGACCAAGUUCAAGACGCGGAGCACCUACACCGCAACACACCUCAGCGGAGCAACGCGAGUGGUCAUGACCUCGAGGGCAAACAGACUGGUUAUGACGAUCCCCAUAGGGAUGGCGGGGAGGAGGCGGACAGGGAUGACACUGAGAUGUGA